AUGUGUUACACUUUCGCGCGCCGUUUGCGACAACUCUUGGAGGUCCAUGUCCUGAUCAUGGAGUACCCUGGCUAUGGUAUUUGUCCUGGUACGCCUUCGGAGGAGAGCUUCUGCCAGGCUUCUCAAAUCUGCCUGAAAUUUGUGGUGGAGGUGCUUGGCAUACCAGAGUCGGACAUCAUUGUACUUGGUCGCAGUUUGGGAGCGGCCGUUGCAUUGCAAGCGGCUGCUGCGUCGGCAGUUUGUGGCCUCGUUCUUGUUGCUCCGUUCCUCAGCCUCCAGGAAGCUGUUGGACAGUUCACUGGGAAGGAAACCUCGAAGUUGUUGGUGAACAACAUGUUCCGCAACAACGAGGUCAUCAAGAGCAUUAAGGUUCCAACCCUCAUCAUCCAUGGCGACCAGGACAGGCUUGUAGACAGCUCGCAAGGCAAGCAGCUUCUGGACCUGUGCCCCAGUGACAAGAAAUGCUUUGUCAGUCCGGCUGGAAUGGGUCACAACGAUGAUCUGCUGGCCAGUGCUGACCUCUUGUGGAGGUUCGUGGAUUGCCGCAGCUACCUGUUAGAACUACUUCCAGAUCCCUUGGACUGGAGAGCGCUGCAGUGCGCAUGCCGCUGGCGAACUGGAACAGAGGAUCUGCUGGCUGAGGUGCAUGUUGACCCACGUCUGCGGUCAGCCAUUGGCCAGUGCUGCCGCGCGUUGCGCAGGCUACCUCAGGAUGACUUACUGGGUGACAUGGUGAAGUCGGCUCAGCUCAGCGCGGAAAGUGUACGAUUCUUUGUCACGCUCAUGGGGGCGCGGCCGAAGGGCUUGAAGGACCAGGUUCUCGACCUCGGCUGGUGGCACGCGCAACUGGUUUCCGAGCAAGGAACUGCUUUGGGCCUGUGGCUUCAGAGCUCGAACCUCCAGGAACUAUCCCUUGCUGAAUGCGAUGGCUUGCUUCAGGACGACGGCCUCUCCCGUAUCCUACGAGGUCUAGGCAGUUCGCAGCUCCAGCUCAGGCAUCUCAACCUGUGCGCAGCCGAGCUUUGCCCAUCGCAUGCGGCACCUCUCGUCGACAUCAUUGCACGAUGUCCGCUAGAGACCUUGAACCUGGCUUUCAACGGUCGGCUCAUGAUACCAGCGGGAUUGGAAGGCUUGGCACGAGCGGCGGACAAGCGUGUAUUUGGCGUACAAAGGCUGGUACUGAAGCAUUGCGAGAUUGCCGCCAAAGCUGCGGUACCCCUUGCAGCCUGGCUGGGCCACAUGCCGAACCUUCGAGAGCUGAACCUCGACUGGAAUGUGGAGCUCUACACCUCCCUCGGCCUGCGCGGCCUGGUGCAAGGAAUGGGUGUGGAGAGGAUGUCGGUCGCUUCGGGUGUGCUGCGGACGCUGCGGGUGCUCAAGCUGCAGGGCUGCCAGCUGCCGGAUAGCACGGCGGAGGUGGCGCUCAUGGACUUCCUUCGGCAAUGUACCGCCUUGCAGCUGCUUGAAGUGCCGAAUUGUGCUGCAUCCCAGCGCAUUUGGUCGCGACGUGGACUCGACCAAACAACUGCUCAGAGCGUCUGGAAGAAGCAGGGCUUUCUGCAAGCGCUGAGGCAAUCGGAGGUGAGGGAGUGCUUGCGAUGCCUGCUUCCUGGACCUUUGGAUUGGCGGGCUCUUCAGAUUGCAUGCCGUUGGGGAGACUCAGCAUCCGCCGGGCCUCUGGCUGAGGUUCAUCGUCGGCCCCGCCUUCGGUCAGCAGCUGUCAGGCUGUCCCGGCGUCUGCGAGGCUUGGGAGACCUUCUCGGAACGGCGGCCCUCAAACAUUCAGCAGAGGAGCUUCGCUUCGCAGUGGAGAUUCUCGGCGCGAGACCGAGGCAAGCUCCGCCGGUCCGACUUCCUGAGAUUCGAAUGUUGGACUUGAGCCAUGAGCAUCUGCUCACAGGUGGAAGGAUGUUGGUACCUCUUCAAGGGCAAGCCCUUGGCAUCUUCCUCCGGCACUGCCCACAGCUCGAAGAGCUUCGAGUGCUGGGCCAUGCGCAGAUCUGCACGGCUGCGGGCUUGGAAGGCCUAGUCGCAGGCUUGCAAGGCCUGUCUCUUCCACUCAGGACGCUGCUUUUUGGGGGUUGCGGCGUUUCCGAGCACGCCGCUCACUGUCUCGGUCAGUUUCUCCGUCAAUGUCCUCGCCUAACAUCUCUGAGCUUGGCUGGCAGCUGGCAGCUCUGUACGGCUGCUGGUCUCCGUGCCAUUACCCAAACGUGGGGAGAAGAUACGCUGCCACUGGAGCUGUUGAAUCUCACCAACUGCCGCCUGAAGAUUCCUUCGGCACAAGCGCUGGGAGAGCUCCUUAGGAAAUGUUGCUUCCUCACCCAGCUGGUGCUGUCGGGCAACCAGGAUUUCUUUGAUGCUCGGGCCAUCUUGUACUUGCUGAAGGGCCUGGGCGAUGGAGGACUUCCGAAAUUGCGGGAGAUCGCAUGGUCCCCGCAGCACCUGGUGGACAUGAGUGAGGCUUUCCAGAAGGAAUUUGGCUGCUUCUUGCGUCGCUGUUCGCUGCUUCGACAAAGCUCGGCCCGGCGACAAAAAGAUGCCAAAGACAUGUCGAAUACGUCAAGUGACAUCUCAGUGACUGCAGUGACUGAUGGGCGUUUGUGUAGGGCUAAUGCCUUUAGAAGGGACGACUGUCUUCAGAAGGCCCUUUAA